CACACACACCGCGCUCUACAUCCCACACUCACAAAUGCCAGGACACUCAUACACAUGCAAUCCAAUAACGAGAGCACCGCCAGUCCGAGCUGCCUGCCGCUGCCGGUGGCAGCCCUGACCGCUUCUCCGAGACACAAAGCCGGGAGCCCGCUGUGAGAGGAGCCGCUGCUGCAUUUCUAGCACAAAGGAGAGUUGAGCAGCAGAGCCAAGCAGGGGCUUCAUUUGGGAGGCGGUAGAUAAUUCAACAGCAGUGCUGGGAGGAUAAGAAACAGCGAGAGGAGGGAAGGUGAGUGAAUGCAGUCAAGUACAGCUGCUGUUGCUGCUACUGCUGCUGCUGUUGGAGGAGGAAGAGGAGGAGGAAGCUCAGUGUUCAGUGUCUGGAGAGGCUGGAGGAGCAACAAUAUCCUGCACACAGACCCACAGUCACAGCAGACGGCCAGCAUUGAUCAAAGCACCUCCAGGCUUACAGAUGUGGAAGAAGCGCUGUGCAAGUUCUAGUCCUGGGUGUCUGGCCUCGUGAUUCAGCCCCGGACGGGAGGAAGCCGUGUGAAGGAGGGCCAUGGGGGUGAGUCUGGGCCAGGAUGUAGGCUGGCUCCUGCCUCUCCUGUUCUUGCUUCUCAUGAUCACAGUAUCACCAACCCAUGGUCAAGGAUGUCCCCAGCGUUGUGAUUGCAUUGCAAAACUCAAGACUGUGUCCUGUUUUGGUAAACGCCUGUCUUCACUGCCAGAUGGCAUCCCAGUGGACACCAAGAACCUGGACCUAACUGGGAAUAAACUUCGCUGGGUAGAGCAAGGUGACCUGCUUUCAUAUACACGUCUUGAGAAGCUGGACCUGAGCGAGAACAUGAUCAGUGUCCUGGAACCGAAUGCUUUUUCUAGUCUCCAGAACCUGCAGUCUCUUUCACUGAGGGGUAACCAAUUAAAACUGGUCCCCAUGGGGGCUUUUUCACGUCUCGCCAACCUAACUUCAUUGGACCUCAGUGGGAAUAAGAUUGUAAUUCUUUUGGACUUUACUUUCCAGGACCUGAAAAGUCUGAACAAUCUGGAAGUUGGAGACAAUGAUUUAGUUUAUAUUUCCAACAAAGCCUUUCUGGGUCUAGUGGGGCUGAGGGAGCUGACCAUCGAGAGGUGCAACCUGACUUCUGUGUCCAGCCAGUCUUUGUCUUACCUGCAUAACCUGGUGACUCUGCGCCUCCGCUAUCUCAGUAUCUCCACCUUAGAGGACCAGAACUUCCGUAAGAUAGGAAACCUGAAGGGCCUCGAGAUCGAUCACUGGCCCUUUUUGGAGCACAUUUCCCCUCACAGCCUGCAGGGUCUUAACUUAUCCUGGCUGUCUAUUACUCACACUAACAUCACCUCCGUGCCCACCUCUGCCCUACGCAGUUUGCCUCACCUCACCAGUCUCAACCUGUCCUACAACCCUAUCACUGUGUUGGAGUCCUGGGCACUGCGGGACCUUGUUAGGCUGAAGGAGCUGCAUCUGGUCAACACUAAUCUGGUGGUAGUUCAGCCAUAUGCGCUGGGUGGUCUAAGGCAAAUCCGCCUUCUUAACUUCUCCACUAACGGCCUGGUGUCGCUGGAAGAGGGAGCCUUUCAGUCUGUCAACACUCUGGAGACGCUGCGUUUGGAUGGGAACCCUCUGGCUUGCGACUGCCGCUUGCUAUGGAUCCUUCAGCGCAGGAAGACCCUCAAUUUUGACGGCGCCUCCCCAGUGUGUAUGACCCCCGUGGAGGUGCAGGGACGGGCGCUUAACGCUUUCUCUGACUCAGCUCUGUUUGAUCACUUUACUUGCCAGAAGCCCAAAAUACGCAACAGGAAAUUGCAGCAGGUGUCUGCCCGCGAGGGGCAGGUUGUGUCGUUCAUUUGCAAAGCAGAAGGUGAGCCGACACCGGUGAUAUUCUGGAUCUCUCCUCAACGCCGCCGCAUCACCACGAAGAGCAGCGGCCGCCUAACUGUGUUACCAGAGGGCACAUUAGAAAUACGAUAUGCCCAGGUGACAGACAGUGGAACCUACAUCUGCAUAGCCAGCAAUGCUGGUGGAAAUGACACCUAUUUUGCCACACUUACAGUCAGCGGGCUGCCACUAGAUGCAGCCCUUAUGGCCAACCGCACGUACUAUGCUGGGGACCUCAAUGACACAAAUCUGAAUGACACCAGAGUCUUCUUGAAGUUCACUCUGGACCUGAAGACCAUCCUCAUAUCCACAGCUAUGGGCUGCAUCAUGUUCCUGGGGGUCGUUCUUUUCUGUUUCAUUCUGCUGUUUGUGUGGAGUCGAGGGAGAGGGCAGCACAAGAACAAUUUCUCAGUGGAGUAUUCCUUCAGAAAGGUGGACGGACCUGCUGCCAGCGGAGCACAGGGUGGGGCACGCAAGUUCAACAUGAAAAUGAUUUGACUCUGUUUCUCUCAUUAGUAUUCUUUCACUGAUACUGUUUACAAGCAGUCUCGAGCUAAAGGGUCAACACACCGGAGCGGACCUUUGUGCUUAGAAAUACAGUUAUUUAUAGGACAUUUUAUUGACGCAAGGUUUUGUUAUCAAAACUAUUGUAUAUAUGAGUCAAAGGAAAUCUGCAUGGAUUUGAUAUAUUUCUAUUGCUUUUGUUGUGUGUUCACAUUAUUGUUCAGAGGAUUAUUAAGGAUGUCUCUAACUUUUGAAUAGACUAUUAAAAGACCAAGCAACACAAUCAGUCCCACCAGUCUUUAACCUCGACAAAUCUCUUGCCAACUCCAUCCUCCUGCCCUACAAGGAACUCUGUCCUCUUCACCUCUCUGCUCCAUCUGAGGCGAUGCAAGCUCUCUAUCUCCAAACUCAUGAAUACAUUAUAACAGGGUGGUGCUCAAUGAAUGCCAAGGACUUGCCAAUGUGUAUUUGAAAAGUUCCAGCUAUAUACUGCAUAUUUAGACUUAUUUACAGUCAGGUCUUUAGGGCACUAUUGUGACAUGAAUAUAGAGGCUCUGCUGCUUCUUGCUGAUGGUGGGUUUGUACAGAAUACAUUCGACACCAAGAGACUCUGCAACACUGCCAUUUUGACCGUAGAGCACCAUGUAAUGUGGUUGAGAGAAGUUACCACUAAACGUUGGUCAAAACUCUAGAGAUUAGGUUUUUCCAUCGCUUAUUUAUUACAAACUUAACAAGACUCUUACCAUCUUCAUAUGGGAAGAACUGUGUGUAAAAGAUAAACGCAUGUACAGAGUUGGCUUUGAAUAACGUGUAUUAUUUGUAAAUGAAACGCUUGUCGGGACUGCGUUCAAGUUGAAUAGAUCAUACUGUAUAGGUAGGAUAUACUGUAUACGAUGUAUUAUAUAUUUUGUAAUCAUUGACAUUGAAAUACUUGUGGUUGUUUAUAGUAUUGUGAUCAAACUGAUUUUUCUGUUCUAUUGUAGUUCUACUGUUGAAGUCUCUUUUUUCAAAUCAUGGAUAUCCAGUGCUCCUCAGAUCUCCUGAGCUCACACAACAAAUCAUGAAGCUGCGUUUGCAUCACUUUUCAGUUCACUUGGCUAUUUUCAGCUGUAUAAGUGACAGUGGGGCGCGGGGCUCGGCUCGACCAGCGGGGGAAGGCGUUCAGUGGGUUCUCCUCAGGACCUCGAUGUGUUUGAGACACGCUGGGAAGAAAUUCAAAUUGUGAUAAAGAAACUUGCAGACUGGAACAAAGGUCAUAAUGAAACUCCUCCUACGAUAGCUGUAUAGCAUUUUUGUACAACUUUAAGUAAAAGUACUGAUUUCAAACUGUUUAUACAUAUAUUAAUUCAUACAAUUUCUACUGCAAAGAAUGUAAUUCUAUGUUUUUUUGUUCCUUGUCAUGAAUUGGUAGUCACGGCACGUACAGCAAAUGUGUCAGUGUUGGGCCUUGCAAAGCAAUCUGUGGUAGUUUUAAAUACUAUAUAAGAAAAACUGAACUUUGGGGGCAGUUUCCUGCAUAACUUAAGACAUUUAGAGAGAGUGUGACAACAGGUGAAGUGCUGAUACUAUACGAGCCUUAAGGUUUAUCUUAUUUCGGGGUUAAGACUUAAAAAACGGAUAUACUGCAGUUCUAACAGUGUUGCUCUGCUGCCCCCUGUUGGCUAGAGAUGGUACUGAAUUCUACACUAUUACAUGAAUUUGACCUCCCCAACCAUUAGACUUAAUAGUAAGAAAUUAAUUAAAUUUGCUGCUGUGAAGCUGAUGGAGCGCUGACCUGGAUCCAGUUCUGUUGGAGGUUGCAACUUUAAUGACACUAACUUAACUGUAUUCACACAGCAAACCCUUCUCGUUUUCUGCAGAAGGACACUCGAAGAACAACGCCUGUGUCCGCCCCGUGAUUCGGAUCUAUUCCAAAAUUUCAUGGGCUCUUCCGUGGCCCAUGCUUCACCGUUUCACUUAAGUUUCAUGGAAAUUGGGCGAGUAGUGUUUCCGUAAUCGUGCUGACAAACAUUCUGUGCUCAUCCAUCACAUGCACAACACAUUUACAGAUUACUCUCGCAAUAAGGAAUUAGUAAUUAUGAACUGUGAAUAUGUUACCGGACUGAUUUGACAUCAGUGAAGGUCUCCGUCUACAUUUUUUAGAAAGAAACUGGUGAUCAUUUUCAUCGUCCUCUACCGAAUUCAUCCUGUAAAUAUGAAAACCAUGGUGUCUGGAAAAUGUUUUGUAUUGUAUUGUUUUAUAAAAACGAAGCACACUCUUUAUAAAGCAUGCUUAUUGUCUGCUAUGAUGAUGUCUUUGCCCUGUCCCAUUUUUAUAUGGUCACUUUCAUCGGGUCACUCAUCUCUAACGGUCUGAGAAGUUGAUUGAGAGUCUACACCUGUGACCCCCGUCACUGUGAAACAAUGUUUUCUUUUUCAGGGGUUCGUUAUAUUAAAAUAUUUUAAAAUCAGUUGAAUCAAAAGGAUGGAUGUCCCAUCUACACUGCACAUUAAGAUGUUGUCAUUAUUCACUCAAGUUCAUUAUUGUUCAUUUUUUAUGCAUUCAUGAAAACAAAUUACACAAAUAAAGGACAUUUUGUGAGCAGAUGAAAUGAUUUAA